AUGCCAAGCCACUUCUUGGAAGGCAAAAAAAUAAUCGUCUCGGGCGCUGGUUUCGCUGGCCUCUCCUUCGUCGUCGCCCUCCACCAAAGCUGGGAUCCUGCCCUCAAACUACCCCAAAUCACAAUCUACGAACGUGAAGGCCGUCAUCUUCCCCGCAACAGACAAGGGUAUUCCCUCUCUCUCCAUGGCUUCGACGAGAACGGUGGCCUCGUGGCGGCCCGAGACAUUGGUCUUCUCGACGAAAUGAUGAAGCGUGCCAUUUGUGGAAAUGACAGCACCUCGGGGUUUCGCGUAUGGUCGAGUAGCUGGGCUCAAUUGCUCGCUGUCAAGUUCUCUCCCUACAAAGAUUUACCUGCUUCAGGCAUUCGAAUCAUGCGCAACGACAUAAGGGACCUUUGUGUCUCUGCUGCCGAGAGGCUGUGCCCCAUUACCUGGAGUACGACGGUUACCUCUGCCGAGAGGCUAUCCAAUGGGCAAAUGCGAGUUCACAUAUCCCCGUCUGAUAACGAAGGCAAGUCCUUCACGGAUGACUGUGACUUACUCAUUGCUGCGGACGGGGCACACAGCAAGAUUCGCUCUUCCUUCAGGCCAAACGAUAGUCUAGAGUACGCAGGCGCCAUUCAAAUGGGCGGCGUGAGCAGGUUUCCCAACGGUGUCCCCGAACCCGUCACCAAGAACUGGGGCUUGGUCAUCACUGGCGAAGGAGUUGGGUGUUUCUUCUCGCCCGUCGAUGCUACAGGCGUCGUCUGGGGUCUGGGGUUCCUGGAACCCCAACGAACACAAAAGUACGAUCCGGAAUCACGCCAACAAUGCGAGGCUCUCAAGGAGGAGGCCCUGAGGAGAGGGCACAUGCUCCAAGAGCCCUUCCAGACCAUUGUGAACGCCACGGAGCAACACUCGUCAUUCAUGUUCCCUGCCCGAGAUAAGAAGCCCUUCCCCCAUACAGGCGAUGACAACUUGAAGGGUGUCGUGUUCCUGGGAGACACGAAUCAUGCCGUCAGCCCAUUCGCUGGUAACGGGGCAAACAUGGCCUUGAAAGAUGGCGUUGAUCUUGCGCGUCAAAUUUGCCGUAGUCAGUCCAUGGAGGAGGCGUUGAUUGCGUAUGACAAGUUGGCGUUGCCGAGGGCACAAAAGACUCUCAAGCAGUCACAUGAGCGGAUCAACUUCUCCCAUUGCACGGGUUGGUAUUAUUAUGCCCUGAGGGGGAUGCUUUUCGCCGGAAGUACCAUCAUGUAUCUGAUGGGACGGCUAUGA